AUGGUGCUAUCACAAAGGGAUGCGUCGGUUCAGGGGCCCUGGUCGACCAAAGAUAUAAUCUACCUCUCAAUCGUUGGCCCCUUGAUGCUUGCAGCCCUGUUCGAAUGGGUUCUCUGGCUUAGUGCCUUCAUCUACUGUCUGGUCAAAGUGUGGAUGAAAGCAGACCAUUGGAGUAUAAGAGUUCUUGCCGUGAUGAUGAUGCUCUUGUUCACAGUGAUACGGCUGGCAUUCCUUCCAGUCAUGCUCGUGACACUCCCAUUGCCGCCACAGAUCACGGUUGACUUACCCCACGAAAUGGUGCAUGGAUUUCAAGUGUUCGCAUUCUGGGCCUUUUCUGUUCUUCUGAUCGGUCCAUGGCUAUUUUGUGUUUACGGACUCACCACGAAUUCGCUGGGAAGAAAAAAGAGGAUCAAACGAGUGCUCGAUGAUCGGACGGCCCCGAAGACUGUGGUUGUGAUGCCAGUAUACAAGGAGGAACCAAGCAUCUUGAUUAAAGCCAUCAACUCCGUAGUUGACUGCGACUACCCUGCAAAUUGCAUCCAUGUCUUUCUUUCAUAUGAUGGUGGCAAGGUGGACGAGCCGUAUCUCCGUGUCCUCGACCAUCUCGGUAUUCCUAUCUCACUGGAGAGUUAUCCUCAGAGAAUUGACUGCAUUUACAAAGGUGCACGGAUCACGGUGUCUCGCUUCAAACAUGGCGGUAAAAGACACUGCCAAAAACAUACUUUCAAGCUCAUCGACAAGGUUUAUGCUGAGUACCUGAAGAGACAUGACAACCUGUUCGUUCUCUUCAUCGAUUCCGACUGCAUACUUGAUCGAGUCUGUCUGCAGAACUUCAUGUAUGACAUGGAACUUAAGCCAGGGAGCAAGCACAAUAUGCUUGCAAUGACGGGUAUCAUUACCUCGACAACGGAGAAAAACAGCCUGCUGACCAUUCUUCAAGACAUGGAAUACGUCCAUGGGCAGCUUUUUGAACGAUCCGUUGAGUCUGGCUGUGGUGCGGUGACUUGCCUCCCUGGAGCUCUGACUAUUUUACGGUUCUCAGCUUUCCGCAAGAUGGCCAAGUAUUACUUCUCGGACAAGGCUGAGCAAUGCGACGAUCUCUUCGACUAUGGAAAAUGUCAUCUCGGGGAAGACCGAUGGCUCACUCACCUGUUCAUGAUUGGCGCCACGGAGCGGUAUCAGAUCCAGCUAUGUAUGAGCGCCUUCUGCAAGACCGAAGCCGUCCAGACCUUCAGUACUCUCUUGAAGCAACGCCGACGAUGGUUUUUAGGUUUUAUUACCAACGAGGUUUGCAUGAUCACUGAUGCCCGGCUCUGGAAGCGCUACCCCCUUCUGUGUCUAGUUCGAUUCAUGCAGAACACGAUCCGAACGACCGCACUGCUCUUUUUCAUCAUGAUCAUCGCACUGCUUACAACCUCAAAGAAGGUCGAUGAUCUCCCCGUGGGAUUCAUGGGGGUCUCCUUGGGGCUGAAUUAUUUGCUCAUGCUUUACUUUGGCCUCCGUCUCGGACGCUAUAAAGCCUGGCUUUACCCGAUGAUGUUCGUUGUGAACCCGUUCUUCAACUGGAUUUACAUGGUCUAUGGUAUUUUCACAGCUGGUCAGCGAACUUGGGGUGGACCACGAGCCGAUGCUGCCACUGCUGAUGACCAUACCACGCCGGGGGAAGCAGUUGAACGGGCAAAAGAGCAGGGUGAUGAGUUCAAUGUGAACGUGAAUACAUUCCGCACCAGCCUUGUGCGUCGGGGAUCCGUCCCCAUCCGCCCAUCGGAGAGGGUGGAAGGCCGAUUUGCACCUGCCAAGCAGCUACUUGAUGGAUUUUAUGUCAACACAACCAGCCAUGGGCCUGCACUCGCACGAAUGGUCAACGCGAUGGAAAAUCCAGGCAAUCUCCAGUACCAAUUACCUCCUCUAUUUUCCCAUUCAACUGAUUCUAUCAGUGCAUCAUCGGACUGCGGCUCUAGCUCGAUUGCCACUCCACAAAACGUGGAAAACCUCCUGAUGAGUGAAGAAGACCAAAAGAAACUUUAUUAUGCCCGCCAAGGUCGGGCAUCGGGCUCGGUGAACCUCGAUGGCCACUAUUUGGAGAACCACUUUAAUGGAGUUGCCCAGCCUAUUUCCGAGCGUGACCUGGGGCUCACCCACCCACCAGGAUCAUACCAGAGUCGCUUUGGUCCAGUCCCAGAGCCGUAA